CGCUGGCCCUUUAACAGCCCCUUCCCGAGGGCCUGCCCCGCGCGUGCGCACUGCGGUUCUGCGCUUGUCAUCAUGGCGACGCGGGGCCAUGUGCAGGACCCUAACGACAGGCGCCUCCGGCCCAUUUACGAUUAUCUUGAUAAUGGUAAUAAUAAAAUGGCAAUUCAGCAAGCAGAUAAAUUGUUGAAGAAACAUAAGGAUCUUCACUGUGCUAAGGUUUUAAAGGCAAUUGGUUUACAGAGAACUGGAAAGCAAGAGGAAGCCUUCAUGUUAGCACAGGAGGUGGCAGCCCUUGAACCAACAGAUGACAACUCGCUACAGGCACUGACUAUUCUUUACCGGGAGAUGCACCGACCGGAGUUAGUUACAAAACUUUAUGAGGCAGCUGUGAAGAAAGUUCCCAAUAGUGAGGAGUAUCACUCUCACCUCUUCAUGGCUUAUGCCAGAGUGGGCGAAUAUAAGAAAAUGCAACAGGCUGGCAUGGCUCUAUAUAAGAUUGUCCCCAAAAACCCUUACUACUUUUGGUCUGUGAUGAGCUUAAUUAUGCAAUCUAUAUCAGCACAGGAUGAAAACCUCUCAAAAACGAUGUUUCUGCCCCUCGCUGAAAGAAUGGUAGAAAAAAUGGUGAAAGAGGACAAGAUAGAAGCCGAGGCUGAAGUUGAACUUUAUUAUAUGAUCUUGGAACGUUUGGGAAAGUACCAGGAAGCCUUGGAUGUUAUCAGAGGAAAAUUAGGAGAGAAGUUGACAAGUGAGAUUCAAAGUCGGGAAAAUAAAUGCAUGGCUAUGUAUAAGAAGCUGAGCAGGUGGCCAGAGUGCAAUGCCCUUUCCAGGCGCCUCUUAUUGAAAAACUCAGAUGACUGGCAGUUCUAUCUGACUUACUUCGAUUCUGUCUUUCGACUGAUUGAAGACGCCUGGACUCCUCCUGCUGAAGGUGAACACUCUUUAGAAGGAGAAGUGCAUUAUUCUGCAGAAGAAGCUGUGAAGUUUAUAGAAGAUCGGAUAACAGAAGAAUCUAAAAGUUCCCGCCAUCUCCGAGGACCACAUCUUGCUAAACUGGAACUGAUUAGACGUUUAAGACGUCAAGGUUUUAAUGAUGAGUACAAAUUGGGUGAUCCAGAAGAAUUAAUGUUCCAGUAUUUCAAAAAGUUUGGGGAUAAACCUUGUUGUUUUACAGACCUCAAGGUGUUUGUUGACCUCUUGCCUGCUACACAGUGUACAAAAUUUAUUAAUCAGUUACUUGGAGUUGUUCCUUUGUCUACACCAACCGAGGAUAAGCUGGCACUGCCCGCGGACAUCAGAGCUCUGCAGCAGCAUCUGUGUGUGGUGCAGCUGACGAGGUUGCUCGGCUUGUACCACACUAUGGAUAAAAAUCAGAAACUGAGUGUGGUCAGAGAACUCAUGUUAAGGUACCAGCAUGGACUAGAAUUUGGGAAAUCCUGUUUGAAAACCGAAUUGCAGUUUUCAGACUAUUACUGUCUCCUUGCUGUCCAUGUGCUUAUUGAUAUAUGGAGAGAAACAGGUGACCAGACUGCUGUGUGGCAGGCCCUGACUUUGCUGGAAGAGGGAUUAACCCACAGCCCUUCCAACGCUCAAUUCAAAUUGCUGCUUGUUCGAAUCUACUGUGUGCUGGGGGCAUUUGAACCAGUGGUGGAUCUGUACUCCAGCCUUGAUGCUAAGCAUAUCCAGCAUGACACCAUUGGCUAUCUUUUGACCCGAUACGCCGAAUCCCUAGGUCAGUAUGCUGCUGCAUCCCAAUCCUGUAACUUCGCACUCAGGUUUUUCCACUCCAACCAGAAAGAUACCUCAGAAUAUAUUAUUCAAGCUUACAAAUAUGGUGCAUUUGAGAAGAUUCCAGAGUUUAUCGCUUUUAGGAACAGGCUGAAUAAUUCUCUUCAUUUUGCACAAGUCCGUACUGAACGGAUGUUGUUAGACCUUCUACUUGAAGCAAAUAUAUCAACCAGUUUAGCAGAAAGUAUAAAGUCAAUGAAUCUUCGGCCAGAAGAAGAUGACAUUCCAUGGGAAGCCUUGCGAGACAACAGAGAUUUAAAUGUUUUCUUUAGCUGGGAUCCAAAAGACAGGGAUGUUUCUGAAGAACAUAAGAAACUUUCCUUGGAGGAGGAGACCAUGUGGUUAAGAAUCCGUUCCUUAACAUUGAGGCUGAUCAGUGGACUUCCAAGUCUAAACCACCCCGUGGAGCCAAGGAACUCGGAAAAGACCACUGAGAAUGGUGUGUCCUCCCGGAUUGAUAUUCUUCGUUUACUCCUUCAACAGCUGGAGGUGGCCAUGGAGACGGGAAAGCGAUUUAUUGAGAAGGAAGUUCAGUAUCCUUUCCUUGGUCCUGUACCUACCAGAAUGGCUGGAUUCUUUAGUUCUGGCUGUUCUCAGUGUCAGACCAGUUCUUUUUAUCUUGUUAGUGAUAUUUAUGAGCUGGACACCAGUGGUUUAGAGGAUACAGUGGAGAUCCAGGAUCGAGUAGAGAAUAGUCUUAAGUCUUUACUAGAACAAUUAAAAGAUGUCUUCAGUAGAUGUAAAGGUGACCUCUUAGAAGUUAAAGAUGGUAACUUGAAAACACGCCCUGCUCUUUUAGAGAACCUAGUCUUCUUUGUUGAGACUAUUUCUAUUAUCCUUUGGGUGUCCAGUUACUGUGAGAGUGUCCUGCGACCAUACAAAUUAAAUUUACAGAAAAAGAAAAAGAAGAAAAAAGAAACCAGCAUCAUCAUGCCACCUGUCUUCACCAGUUUCCAAGACUAUGUUACUGGGCUUCAGACUUUAAUUUCCAACGUCGUGGAUCAUAUUAAAGGGCUUGAAACACAUCUAAUUGCACUUAAACUUGAAGAACUUAUUUUAGAAGAUACUUCUCUCUCACUGGUAAGAGCCUAUAGGCGAUCAGCAGUUAAGUUAUUUGUAGAUACUCAAAUGUUCUUUUCUUUAUCACAAGGACAAGUUAAUUUCAAUUCAUCAUCUGCUCCAUAUAGGACUUGUGAUUGGAAGGUGCCUAGCAGCAGUGUUUUGUUGUGUCAUUGGUGGUGGUGGGUUCCCCUCCCCCUUCACUUCUCCGCAUCCCAUUGCCUCCUUUCUGUACAUUUUGGGGGUUGUUCCUUUACUGUGAAAACUGAUGAUUAAUUAAUGAGGAAUACAAUUAGAACUCUUCGUAUUGUGAACAACAGAGGAAACCAGCCAUUGAGAUCCAGGGACAGUCUCCUUGAGUGAGAAGUUACCUGCUGCUGGGUUGGCUGGUUUCUUUGCUACCCCAGCAGUUAUCACCUGAAAAAGAGAUGCUGGACAUCAUAAAUAAUUAUGUCAGUAAUAAUUAGGCUGGAGCGUAAGCCAGUCAAAAGGGGGAAUGGAGCCAAGCAUGGCAUCAAAGGUACCACUCAUCAGAUUUCUCCUGGUAAUUACUUUAGGCUAGUUUCUUAAAAAAUUGUUAGCAAAAUCCUUGUAAAGUCUUGCCUUUAAGAUAUGUAUUCUUUAAAAAAUUUAAAUUAGUAAACUUUCAGUCUGAAAUGAUUGUCAGGUGAGUUAACAUUCACCAGCCUAGUUGCUCUAGUGAUGAAACUCCAGUCGUGAGGGAGUGCUCCCUUGAGUAGUUCGUCUGACCUGAGCUUCUGCUAGUGAGGGAGCUCCUCCACUAAGGAGAGCAGCCAUCAUUUCCAGCCCCAGACCUUCCCAGGAGGAGAAUGAAUGGAAUCUUACGUGGCACACCAGUUUUAAAGAUUGUUAAGCCCCUCUUUUGUAAAGCUUCAACUCAUUAGAGCUAUAAACAAGGGGCUUACUGUGGGAAGGGGCUCAGAGCCUUUAAUAACAUUUCCGAAGACUGGUUAAAGAAAGCAGAUGUAUUCAGAGGUGAAACUAGAAGUUUCGUUUUAGACAGUUAAGCUGUCUUUCCUAUAUACAUUAGAAUGAAUAUAGAUUUCACUGGUGAUUAGGACUAAUUGAUUAAUUCUUUAGUAUUUUUGUUUUAUUUAUUUAGUCUUCCUUUUUUCAAGCUUUACAUUGUUUUAAAAAGUAAAAUAAGCACAUGGUAAAAAAAAGUGGCAUAAAUAAAGACUGUAUAGUGAAAUGUCUUCCUCCCAUUCUAACACAUUUCCUAGUUCGUUUCCAAGAAGGAACCAUUAUUGUUGGUAGUUUCUUGUACAAUCUUCCUGAGUCGAUAACCCAGCUACAAGCAUAUGAUAUCUCUUUCCUUCCCCACAACCUUUCACUUUUAAACACAAAUGAUAGCAUACUAUACUAUAGACAGUAUACAGAAGUAUAUAGAAAUAUACUGUAUACUACAGAAAAUAGAGAAUAGCACCUCUCAUUUCUCAGCCCCAGUUAAGUACCAGUCUCACCAUCAGAACCAUUCCCACCUCUUCCUCUUCUGUAUUUCUAUAACACAUUUGCAUCUGCCACUAGUCUUUAUGACUUCUGGGCACUUGGGGAGCCAGUAAAGGCC